GGGGCUCCAGCCGGGCUUUCGAUAGCUGGCGAGGCGGGCACGGAGCCGCGGAAACCUCCGCGCUUCGCCACCAUGGGCAGCGCGGGCGCGGAGGAGAAGGGCAAAGAAGCAACCAAGAUGAAAAUCUCACAGAAUCACCAGGAUGUGAUGCCCAAUGAUGAGCAGUAAUUACUGCAGCAACACUUCAGCCAGCAUGAGUGUCAACGAAAUGUCUGCCUUCUCUCUGACUUUAGAACAAAAAACUGGCUUUGCCUUUGUGGGGAUUUUGUGUGUUUUCUUGGGACUUCUAAUUAUCAGAUGCUUCAAAAUCUUGCUAGACCCCUACAGUAGUAUGCCUUCUUCUACAUGGGAAGAUGAAGUUGAGGGGCUGGAUAAAGGAACAUUUGAAUAUGCUCUUGCAUGAAAACUCACGGAAUAUUCCACCUUAAAUUUGAUGUUGAUUUCAUUUUGGAAACCAACUGUUGUUACAUUUGUUAUACAUACCUGCAUUUUGGAGAUAUGUUGAUGGCAUCCAUUUUGGUAAAUAAAUAUCUGUUGCAAACUCAAAA